AUGGAGGGCACAUACCGGGGAGUCGUGCCGGCCGAGCCACCCCCCCGCCCCCACCGGCCGCCACGUCAGCGCCUGCCGGGCGGGGAGGGUGGUCGGGGCAGGGGCCUGGGCGCGCUGAGGGCCUGGGCCUCCUCCCAGUUCCUGCCCGGGUUGAGACAGGAGACCCAGGACAGACAAAUGCAUCCUCUGCACUCCAGGACGCCCCCUACCAGGCGAAAAGACGACUAG